AUGAUAAAACAAAGAUAAAAUUCUCUGCAUGCUAUUAGAAUAAAUAAAUCAAGUGAAAAAUUAAUAAAGGUUAUUCCAAUAAAACCUACUUCUCAAAGUGAAUUUAAAAAUAGGAAUUCAACAGAUAAUUUAAAUCCUAACGAACUCAAACCAUUUCUUGAAGAUUUAAUGCAUCGAUAUGAUAAAAUGGCUGUUGAAUUAUAAGCAUCUAAAUUGAAAGUAAAUAAAAUAAUUUUACUCAUUAGAAUCAUGAAUAUAACGAUCAAAAUUAAAAAUUAAUAAAAGAAAAUGAGUUACUCAAAGAAACUGCAAAAACAAAAGAAGAGGAAGUUAAUUUUCUAUAUUCUAAAUUGUCUGGAUAUUAAAAUAAGCAUGGUUAAUAAAUAGAUCAUUUAUAAAAUGAUAAUUUAAAAGUAGUACAAGUUUUAACAUAAAAAAUUGAUGAUUUACAUGUUUAACUAAAGUAUUAUGCUAUUAUAAAAUAAGAAAUACAUAGAAUGACUUGGAAUACAAUAAAGGAUUAUUAAUCUUAAGAGAAUAAGAAGUUUUGGAAUGGAGAAGUAGAAAAUAAUUUGAGGAAUCAAAAACUUUAAAAGAAUUUAAUUAAAUGAAAUAAACUUUGUAAAUUAAAGAAUAAGAAUUACAAGCUUUAAGAAUAAAAUAUGAUUAUAAAUAAAAAACAACUUAAUCAAGCUCAGGAUAAUAAUUAGAAUUGGAAACUCUUAAAUAAGAAUUAUAUAUUAAAGAACAACAGUUAUCUAUUAUAAAUAAUUAAGAGAAUUCUGAAUAAUGCAGUAUUUAUUAAAAUGAAAUUCAUAGAAUAAAUAAAAUUGUAUUGAAUUCUAUUGUAUAAUUAAGGUAGUAGAAUUAAGAAGUGAAAUAGAGAAACUUAAAUAAGAACAAGUUGAUUAUGAAUGGUUAAAGAAAAGGUAUACAAAAGAACACCAAACAUAUUCUACAUUAAGAGUAUGA